AUGAAGGCUAAGCUACUUCCCUGUGAACUGGUAGAAAGCCAGAUGGGGGCAGCCGGCAACUUUGUGGUUUGGCCGAGACAAGCCGGCCAACUAGGAGUGGGUAGCCUGUGUCCCAUUGGCGGAGAGAGGGGACAGCAGACUGGGGCUACAAGGUGGGCUGAGUCUCAAAACUCCAAACGAUCAGCUCCAAAGACGGCCAAUGAAAAAAAGUUGCCCACUCCGAAGGGUGUACAUCGUAAAACGACUGAUCGGGCUCUCAACGAUUCAGCCGAUGGUGGCUUCUUCCUGCUGCCCAUGCCGACCUCGAAUCCAAGCACUAUCGAGGCUACUCAAGGUCCAGCAAAACGCCUGCUUUGUCCCGACAGCAACUUAUUGAUUCGGCCCAAGCCUAGAAGCUGUCGUCGUGGCCUACUCGCUCAUGCCACGGUUGUCGGCCGAUUAGCGCCAUGUGGAGACCGACUUUCAGGCAGGGCCCAUGAAGAUGAGCCUGAAGCCUCGUCGAAGUCGUCUCGAAGUGCUUCAUCUUGUCAGAAAUGGAGUGACAUUGCUUGGUCGCAACUUGACCCUUGUGAGAAGUUCAGGGUUGCUUUUCCGCUGUUUCAUGACUUUUUUGGCACCACCUCCAUUUUAGCCGGCUACCUGCAAGCAUUAUACAUCUGCAAAUUUUACACAGAUUGUCUCUCGCCUAUUGUAAGAACGCGAGCUCUCUCCUACGAUUCUGUUUAUCAACAGAGUCCCAUGCCUGAAUGGCGACUCAUACCGCUGCAGCAAAGCAAGCAUACUUUCAGGCAUGACUAA